AUGGUGAGCACCAGCCGGAGCGGCUCGGGGCGCGUCGCGCAGAGGGCCGGCGGCGGCGGCGCCCUACCCGUGAGCCCGCGGGUGUCGUCAUCGCAGCGCAGGUGGUGGGCGGCCUCUUCCACAAACCCAUCCCUCGACCGGGCCGCGCGCGCCUUCUGCCUGGCCUCGGCGGCGCUGGCGCUCACCUGCUUGCUCUACCUCUACGCGUUCCGCCACGACCCAGCGCGGGGGCAAGCCGUAACCGCCUUCACCACCACCUCCACCACCUCCUCCUCCCCCCACCACCGCCCCGGAACCUGCGACGUGUUCGACGGCCGCUGGGUCCCGGCCCCGACCUACCCGCUCUACAACAGCUCCGAGUGCGCCUUCGCGGAGCGCGGCUUCGACUGCCUGGCCAACGGGCGGCCCGACACCGCGUACCUCCGCUGGCGCUGGCGGCCGCGCGGCUGCGACGUGCCGCGCUUCGCCGCGCGGGCCGCGCUCGAGCGGCUGCGCGGGAGGCGGGUCGUCUUCGUGGGGGACUCCAUGAGCCGCACGCAGUGGGAGUCCUUCAUCUGCAUGCUCAUGCCCGGGGUCCACGACCCCGCCUCCGUCUACGAGGUCAACGGCAACCAGAUCACCAAGGUCAUUCGCUUCCUCGCCGUCAGGUUCGACGCCUUCGACCUCACUGUUGAGUUCUUCCGCUCAGUGUUCCUCGUCCAGCAGAGCCCUCCGCCCAGGCACUCCCCCAAGAGGGUCAAGUCCACUCUCAGGCUCGACAAGAUGGAUAACAUUAGCCGGAAAUGGGCCAAUGCCGACGUUCUCAUCUUCAACACUGGGCACUGGUGGACUCCCACCAAAUUGUUCAACACGGGUUGCUAUUUUCAGGCUGGACGUGCUCUCAAACUAGGUACAACCAUUGAUGUUGCGUUCAGGAUGGCACUGCAAACUUGGGCUUCUUGGGUGGAAAGAAGAGUUGAUUUAAACCGAACACAUGUGUUUUUCCGCACGUAUGAGCCAUCACAUUGGAGCGAUUUAAACCAAACGAUAUGUGAAGUAACAGAAAAGCCUUCACCUGAGGCCAAAGGAAAUGACAAGAGUGAACUUGGCGAUAUACUUGCUGAUGUUGUCGCCAGCAUGAAAGUUCCCGUUAAUGUUCUAAAUGUAACUUUGAUGGGAGCCUUCAGAACUGAUGCUCAUGUUGGCGCAUGGAGUUAUCCUCCUACUAUACUUGAUUGCAGUCAUUGGUGUCUCCCUGGAGUUCCCGAUGCUUGGAAUGAACUUGUAUUUGCGUACCUUUUUACAAAUGGUUGGCGAAAUAUGGCGGGGUGACUGCUGACUCUAUACUCUAUUUUCUUUUCUUCCGCACCUACAUAUCCAUCUUGCGAUUUUGUCAGCUAUAGAUGAGCAACCGAAGCCCUGGAAAUAGCUCUCAUAGGUGGUUAACAGGAUCCUGCAUUCUUUUCUCUCUUGUACAAGGUGAUGUGUUCAUUCUGAGAUGUAGAUUUUGUAUCUUUUCUUCUUCAGAUUGUCCAUGGUAAAAAAGCAUCACACUUUGUUGCAUGCUUCUUACAAAUUCAAUUUAUACGUUGUCCAAACAUGUGUUUCUACAUGUAUGUAAUACUGACAGGGCACUUCACAUGAUGUAUAAAAAUAUGUUCUUUUUCAAGAUAAGCGGCAAAAAAAUUCCAUUGCUGUAUUAUCUGCAUAAUGUGCAUUUUUCUACACUGUA